AUGUUAAAAUUAUCUAAAUUAAAUUUGCAUCAUUUUCUAUUUGUAUUAUUGUCGCUAGCAAUCGAAUUUCGAAGUGCUUCUUCAAUGCUGAAUUGGUGGAAUGGGAAUGAUGAUCCACAUUAUAGUAGUACGAUACAUCCUGAGGAACCUGCUGGGCAAGUUCAACAUAUUCCUAACGUGCAUCACCUACUUGCUCCACCAUCAACACCGAUAGGUUCUGUUGCUGCUACUCCUGUUCAUGGUUCUCCAGUAAGAAACUUUGACCAAUCGUAUUAUGGAACAACGUCCAAUCAAUUUGGAAAUCGAACUUUCACACCUAAUGACGUAUACUGA